AUGUUUGUUUGGUGGCUUAUUGGAUCAAUCGGGUAUUUAUGUAUCGGUAUUAUUUAUUGUGAAGAUCCAAGCAAUUCUUUAGCCGAUAUUGAACCACCGAUAGAAGAUGCUAAAGUUGGUCUUUCUAUUGUUGAUAGUCCUCCCGAACAAGUUAAUAAUGAAACAAAUAAUUUAGCAGCUAAUGAUGGCGUAAAUAUGGAAGCUAGUACCACAGCAACUCCAGCACCCGAACAAUUUUCUUGUCAGGAAUGUACAAAUUGUCAUUUAGCAAAAUCUGAAGUUGUCAGGCGCGUUUGUGAAAUAGACAUAAAUAUGUGCUAUAAAAUAUAUAAACGCAUAAAUAAUGUUACUCGACUAACACGUCGUGGUUGUUCAACAUCGAAAGGACAAUGUACAGUGCCCGUUGAUGAUCAAUCGAAUUCAUUCGAUAGUAUAACAUGUUGCACAAGUAAUAAAUGCAAUCAAGCAGCUCAAGUUAAAAUAUCGUUCUUUCUUUCAUCAUUAAGUCUAUUCAGUCUUUUCAUUAUUAUUAAUAAUACAUAA